CUGUUUUGGCUUCAGAUAGCUUCAUGGGGUUAUGGAGAGGAAAAAGUUUUGCUAAAUGCCAGCAGUAAGCCAUUUUUGCAACAUUAUGCUGCAAAUGAAGAGUGGGCACUGCAGGAGGUUGGCAUCACUCAGGACCACUAUGAUCAUGAAGGAACAGUCGUGAGCGAAGCGAAGUACAUUGUAUCCAUUUCUAGGAAACCCUUCUACUACCUAGUUAGCCUUGUACUGCCAAGCUACAUCAUAUGCAUGCUCUCAGUAGCUGGACUAUUUGCGAGAUUUUCUACAAAAUAUGAACGACAGGUAACCAUGCAGAUGACCCAGUUGUAUCCACUGUUUGGAUGUGAAUUUCAAUUGUAUUACAAAACAAUAAUGAAUAACGUUCUGGACUGCAACUCAUUUGUCUCAGUUACUUGA